UAGCGAGUUAUGAUGGUGAUAUAUUUGCGGGUAUCAAAUGCCCCCCCUCACCUUCCUCUGAAGUUAAACGAACGCAGCACCAUAGGAUAAAGUAUGUAGGUGACUAUGAGCAUGAAAUCGGGUCACCAUCAUCCGUAGGAGAGCCAUCGGUCUUCUUCAAGAAGCAAACACAUUUGAGAAGGAAGUUUAUCCUCUGUGGCCGUCCUGCUGAAGCUGCUCCCAUGCCUGUAUCUUUACUAAACCCCAUAUUCGGCCAAUUCCUAACUGAUAUUCGGAGCUAUCAGCCUACAGUAGAUGAUAUUAGACUUGUAGAUGAGUUACUAGUUUUGAUGUCACAGAGGUAUAUUGACGAGAUGUCGCAUGCAGCUGACUUCCGCUCUGCUUUACAAAAUCAUUACAAUAUCCAACUCAUCGCGGGACCCGUCCACAAAACUGGCUAUAAUACAGAUGGCCAUCUCACUGUUAAUGACUGUUUCUACCUUAUCACAGAGUGUAAAAAUGAAAUAGGAUCUACCUGCAGUGACCCAUUUCUUCAGUCUGUAGCUUACUACUAUUACUCUAUAGUUGAAAAUGGACCACGCUUUCCACAAUCUAAUCUACCUUGUUUGUACCUAUGUUAUGCUGGUAUGACUUUUGGCUUUGCAGGUUUCAUACUCACUGAUGAUGACAUCCAUAUGGAGCAUUUAGGUGACCAAUUCACAAUGAUGUCAGCAUGGGGUGAUCAAGACAAAAAGAAUAGGUUAGCCUGCUACUUCAGUGCUUUUAGGCGAGCCAUAAACAGUCUAAAGUUCUACUAUGAAACCAAUAUCAUACCCACUGAUCAAACUAAAACUGAUAUCAUGGGCCUACCAGAUCCAUCAUUCCCAUAUGUAUGCCAAUACAAAUCAUCUGAAGGUGUCACUGUCCACUUCAAGUACAAAGUCCAGCCUUUUCCACAUAGGCUGAUAUUUAUUGGAGAAACACUCAAGGGAAAUGACCAAAUAUUUGUCAAGUACACCCAGACAUAUUCAGCAGAAGCUCAUGAGGUUUGCACUAGUCUGGGCUAUGCACCAAAGUUACAUGCUUGUGAGAAGAUUAAUGAUAACUGGUAUAUGGUUGUGAUGGACCAUAUUGAUACUACUAUAUACAGACCAUACUCAGCUCAAAUUAUGAAUAGUGGCAUUGCUUUUCCAUCUGCUAAGCUGCUUGGACCCAAAGUCAAACAGGCCAUUGAUGCUCUUCACCAGGUUGAUCUGGUUCAUGGUGAUCUGCGGGACACAAAUAUCUUGGUAAGAACUGAUGGUAAUAUCAAUUUCCUGCUAGUUGAUUUUGACUGGUCUGGGAGGGCUGGUAUAGCACGCUACCCAGUAAAUGUCAAUCAUACUGACAUCCACAGACCACAGGAAGCACAAUAUGGGAAUAUCAUCAAAAAGGAUCAUGAUAUCUUUAUGUUCAAUCGUAUAUUUCCAGAGAUGAUCAAUGACUUAAACUAUUAG